CUCAGUUUGUGUAAUGAAGUAGGAUACUGGCUGAAGUGCUUCUGCGUGAGAAACAGAGGAAACUCGGAGCUUUUUUUUUCCACCGUAACAUUCCGCAGUAGUAACCAGUGAACUAUGAUAAAGUGAUUUAUAUGUGGAUAAAAUGGUUCAAAAGAUGAAGUAUGUGUUACGUUAACCUGGGAUAUAGCUGCGUGCCACCUCGAGGGAGCUUUCCUGUUCGCCGGUUUAUCAAGAAGUUGAAUUCCCAGCACCAUGGAUACUGAGGGUUAUACAAAUGAUCAACACUAUACAGAACCAGAGAGACUUUGGCAUGUGAGGCAAAAAUCUGAAGAUGUGGAUAUGAGGAGUAGAGAUGGAGAGGGCUGCAGCCUGGUGGAAGUUUUUCUUUCAGGGGGAGCACCGUGGGGAUUCACACUCAGAGGGGGACUGGAACAUCGAGAACCUCUGCUCAUAACGAAGGUGGAGGAGUGCAGUAAGGCAGCAGCUGUGAGUCUCCAGGUGGGAGACGAGCUCGUCAACAUCAACGAGAUUCCCCUGACGGGCUACAGACAAGAGGCGAUCUGCCUAGUGAAAGGCUCCCACAAGACCCUCAGUCUGGUGGUGAAAAGGCGGAAUGAACCCAUAAGUAGGCCUCACUCCUGGCACUCCACCAAAUUCAACGAAAACCAAUCAGAGACUGCCAAAACCCAGUCUCCACCCACCAAAGUCUGGCACACCAGAUAUGAUGCAAGCUCUUCUUCAACUGAUCUCUCCUCCGGCUGGGAGCAGACAAACCUGCGCCGAGUGUCCGACCAGUUCAGCUCUCUGGGCAGUAUGGACAGUCUAGAACAUGUCCCACAUCAAUACCCUGCCGGCCAGCUUUCACCUGCUAAGUCCAACAACAGUAUGGAGCACCUGGGAGGAGGGAAACGAGACUCUGCCUACAGCUCCUUCUCCACCAGCUCUGGCACACCGGACUACACCCUCUCAAAGAGCAACACCGCCUCCACAGAGAACAUGCUUUAUAAGUUCAGUCAGUGGGACUCAGGAGGAAAGCACAGCAAUGGCAAGAACAGCCUGAUGGAGGGAGUCAGACAGGACGAUCGGGUGGCGUACUUUCAGAUGCCAGGAGUCAGCGCAGCCUGUGAGGGUGCACAGACUGAGGACCCUCCUGGAUCCCGUCAUUCCACUUCAAGUAGAACCAGCUGUGGACCUGUGUGGCAUGUCCCUGAGAAAAAAAAGACUGCUUCCCCCUCUCCACCACCUCCCCCUCCACCAGCUCGCAGCGACAGUUUUGCUGCAACUAAGGUGCAUGAAAGAGGGCUUGUUGUAGCUCAUCCUGACAGAUCUGAAUCUUACGUACCCUCUAAGACUCCUUCUGAAAAUCGAAUCAGCCAUAAAGUUCCCCUGAAAAAUGACAGUGACAGUUUUUACACUACAUCUGAUCAAUCAGAACAGUUCAACUCUAACAAGCAGUACUCCUUGUCCAGCAGUGAUGUUCGGCAAGGCCAGCCCCACCAUCAGAGGCACCACAGUGACAAAGGCACUUUAUAUUCUCAGCCCUGGGCUACGUCUGUACCAAAGCCACAGAAUGUAGGUGGAUACUAUAGUAGCCUGCAGGAACUGCCCACUAACGGUUCUGCACAACACUUUGGUCAGAACCAGAGAAGGAAUUUAAGCAACUCUGCCACUGACCCAAACGCUGACAGCACUGGGCAAAGCAGAUACUACUGUGUCACAACAUGUCAGCCCACACAGCCCAACCCACAGCCCCUGUCAGGGAAACCAGAGGACAGGAGGAGUGUCCCAGGUGUAGAGUUGUCACAGACUGCUAAUGAGCAUAAUUCUCUGAGCCCACAGAGUGUCACUAAAGUCAAGUAUCAACCUCCCCAACCACAGCAACACUCCCCCCACAUUAAAGAUAGUAAUGGGUACAAUAAGCACCAAGUUACCACUGUACCACAAGCCUCUGUACCUAAAUCUUGCCAUGAUGAUAGGGGAAGCCAGAGAGGACAAAACACACAUCAUGCAGAGCCUCAGUUCAUGAGCUAUCCUCCAAGCAGACACUCUGAACAGCGGAGGUCUCUUCAAAUACAACACAGAGAAUUACCCCCGGAAAUGAGAAACCACAGCAACAAAAUCUGCCCUCAGACGACCCCCAUGCUGCACUCUCUGUCCCUGGAUGUCGCUGGCCAAGACGACAAAACAAGAGGCCCAGACGGUGAGGAGUCUCCUGAAGGCAAACAGGUGAGACGGAGCGACCGCUUUGCAACCACAUUAAGGAAUGAAAUCCAGAUGAGAAGAGCUAGGCUGCAGAAAAGUAUGAGUGCAGCUACACUUCCUGGUACUGAGGGUGAGACUGAAGGUGAUCAGGAUGUCUGGAAGUCUACUGAAAGCACCAUCCCAACCUCUGCAAGCAGCCCCUUCACCAACACCUACAAAGAUAAUUUGAAGGAAGCACAGGCAAGAGUACUGAAGGCAACAUCUUUCAGGAGGAAAGACCUGGAGCCUGUCUUACUGGAGCACCCUGCAGCUGAGACCAUACCUAACUAUCCAUCUUCAGCACUGAUCCGUAAAGAUAUCCCCUCUCUGCCGACUGUCUCAGAGUCUGUGAUGAGUAAAUCUGGUACUGUAGGAGUUCAGGUGACUCGUAUCGGAGGCCGUAAGCGUUUUCCUGCAGAGAAGAAGGGGAGGUCUUUCUCAGAACCAGACAAAAUCCAUGAAGUCGGGGUGAAGGAUGAUCCCUCUCGAAGUGAAAAUGCAAGCUCCUCUCAGGACAAACAGGAUCUCUUUAAAGAACUAGCUUUGCCCAAUCCAUUCCCUCCCCAGAGCUCUAAUGAGAUCCCCACAGAGAUCAAGGCCCGAGGUCCGGUCUCCAACAGUGAAACAGAGGAACCACUGAAAGGCACGAGAGGCAGAGAGUACACCGAGGUGGUCCAGGGAGGUCCUUUCUCUGCACACAAGUUGUCAGUCCUUGACCAGCAGAGACUGGGCACUUUCGCUGAAUACGAGGCGAGGUGGAAUAUUCAAAAGACAAACCCAGAAACUAGAGCGUCAGGACGGUACCGGUCGGCUGAUAACAUCCUGGAUGCAGGACCAGAGGAGAAAGACAAAACCACCUGUUUCCAUGAGAGAUCCAGGUCGUCUCCCUCAGCUGACUUCUAUGGACAGAAAAUUCAAGUGCCUGCAAGAAAGUCUGAGACGGAAUAUUCCCAGACUGAGAGUAAACCUGCUGAACAGCUCAGCACUGCCACAGGGUUCUCUGACAGAGGGCCAGGAGACUGUAAAAUAAGAGAAAAGCCUGUGGAGUUUGAACAGUACCCAGCACCGCCCCCUCUACCCAUGACAGGAGCAAACCCUGACUGCAGACACAGAGCAGCCCCUGCACCCCUGAACCACAGAGCCUCGUCUAUCUCUCACAGCCUCACAGAGUCCACUCACCCACAGCACGAGGACGCAACUGAGCCCAGGAAGAAGCUCUCUGUGCCGGAGAAGCCUCCCCCACGUCCAAGUUACCCAGAGGUCAAGUCCCACAAGUCCUCCACCGGUUCCCAGAGUGAAAUCUUCACCCACUGCCCUCCUCACGUUGCCCCUAACCCCGCCUUUGCCCCCACCCACUCUGCAAAGGCAGAUUCUGAGCAGGGCAAAGGGCUUGAGGACAAAGGACAAGGGGCAGUGCAUCAUCUAUCAACAUCCAAUCCUCAGCCAGCCUCCUCUCCCACGGCUUCCUCCUACAGACCUCCUGUGACGGCCAACAUGGAGAGGCAGCGCUCCCCAUCGCCGCAGUUUUCCCCUCAGAGACUCAGCGACAAACCUCCGGUCUCUCUGCAGGAUGAAGACGCUAAUGGGAUGGAGCAUGUAAUAGAAAACCAAAUGUCUGCAGUGAAGAAAGUUCCCAUCAGGAUCGUGCACUCAGAGGGAACCUCGGAGAAGGAGAACAGUCCAUUUCUGUGGCACAGUGACCCUUCUGCUGUCCAGUCGGAGGGUCAUGGUGUGACCAGACUUGGCAGUAUUGGAGCUGCAGGUCAGGACUCUGUCUUCUGUGCCUUCAUUCGUCAGAGGGAGCCCGACGCUCAGACGGACCCACAGCCCCAGAGAGACACAUACAUGAGCACCGUUAGAGAUCUCAUCAGCUCGGAUAGUCAGCAGCUGCCACCGCCGCCGCCCACAGACGAGCCCAGCAGCAACACGGUGACCACAAAAACCACAGGAGCGUCUAACGAGGACCAAAAGAGGGAGGAGCUGGCCCGGGACAUCAUGGGAAAAGACAAAUCCCUGGUUGAUAUUCUGGACCAGAGCAAGAUGAAGACCACCAUGGACCUGAUGGAGGGGAUCUUUCCUCAGGGCGAGGAGCUGUUGGAGGGAGCUCACCAACGCAAGAAGGCACCUACAAAACAGACGGUCAGCCGGCCCGCCGAGGAGAGGGAGAAGGAGGACAGUAUGGCUGCAGCUGUUGCUAUGGUGACCAGCUCUACAUAUUACAGCACCUCUGCCCCCAAAGCUGAACUCCUUAUAAAGAUGAAGGACAUGCAGGAGGAGGAGGAGGAGGAAGACUCUGAGGACGAGCUGGAUAUCGACCUGGCUAACAAAAAGCAAGAGCUGAUUGACAGCCUGAGCAAGAAGCUGCAGGUGCUGCGGGAGGCGCGGGAGAGUCUGCAGGAGGACGUCCUGGAUAACAACGCUCUGGGAGACGACGUGGAGGCUCGAGUCCAGCAGGUGUGCAAACCUAACGAGCUGGACAAGUUCAGGAUGUUUGUAGGAGACCUUGAUAAGGUGGUGAGCCUGCUGCUGUCUCUGUCGGGCCGUCUGGCCCGAGUGGAGAACGCCCUCAACAGUCUGGAGGAGGAUGCUACAGCAGAAGAGAGGCGUACGCUGAUCGAGAAGAGGAAGCUGCUGAUCCGACAGCAUGAGGAUGCCAAGGAGCUGAAGGAGAACCUGGACCGACGAGAGCGUGUUGUUUACGACAUUCUGGCCAACUACCUGCAGGAGGACAGCCUCACAGACUACGAGCACUUUGUCAAGAUGAAGUCUGCGCUCAUCAUCGAGCAGCGCAAGCUCGAGGACAAAAUCAAACUGGGCGACGAGCAGCUCAAGUGUCUGACAGACAGCCUGCCCAUCGAGCAGAGGCUGGUGUUUUGAACUCAUUGGACCAUUUUUGACUCAGAACAGAGCCCAAAGUCUGAUCAUGAAGACAGGUUUUGUUGCUCCAAGAUGCAGAUGAGCCCUGCGUCCAGCAGAGGGAGACAGAGAAUCUGCAGAGGCAAACAGCCUGUUGCAAUUUCUGACAUUUUACUUCUUCACAUCUUCUGCCAUAACAACACGUGGAUUUCAAGCAUCUAAACAAACUCCCUGUGAAAGAUGCUGCUUCUCCUGGGCUCACCCGACCACUGUAUCUCAUUUCUAUCACGCCAUUUUUGCUUUGUUUUUAUUUUUUGUUUUUUUUAGUAAUUUAUUGUAGCCUUUUGAAUCUGCGCAGGAGGGGGACAGUAUUUUAUCUUCAUCUGAUUUGAGCAGCCGUGCUACCUGACGUGUGAGCAAAUAGGAGUAUUUAUCAUGUUUAAAUAAUUUCACAUCUUCUUCAUCAAAAUCUGGCCGAAAUAUUUCAAUAAACACAAGUGUUUUUUGGUAACAUUUAUAGUGGCCUUUUUACUAAGAUUUUUGUGCCCUUGCUUUCCUCACUGAAGAAGAGUGUUCUUUCAUGAUAAACGGAUGAUGAAUAAGUUGGUGAAUGUACCUGUGGGGAGAAACUGGUCGUUUAAAGGAGCACUUGUUCAACUUCACCAAACACAAGAACAGCACCACUUCACCUUUCAGACUUUCACUCAAGUGAGAUCCACGUUUGAAGUGCCUGUGGAGUCACUGCCAACACUGUCCACGUUUCAUUCACAGCCAGAAAUAAAAAAAAAAAAACUUUUUUAGAUUGAUGUUUUUGCCACGUAUGAGUUGACCAAGUGUUUCUGUAUUUUGUCUUAUAACUUCACUGUGUUUUGUUUUCACGGUGCUGAUGUUGAAUGCAUAGUAUCACAGCUGUUACUUGACUUUAGUUCAAUUCUGUCACUAAAAAAAUGUUCAGGUUUAUCUUGUAACCACAUAUGGAGAGAAAAGGUUGCAAACGUUGACCAGAUUCAGUCUGAAUUUCAGACUGUACGGAUAAAGUCAGUCUUAAUUAGAGGAUGUUUGUUCUGCACAUUAGCUUCACACGCUUCAUGCACUGCUACAGCCUGACUCUUUAACACUUUAUCAGCUGUGCUCCUUUAUAUCAAAUAAAGAGUCUGCUGGAACCACA